UGGUCGGGUUCUGCUGUUUGUCCCAGAGGAAGCUGCUUCUUCUACGACUGUGGCUCACGUGACCCGGCAGAGAUGGGCAGGAAGGUGACGGUGGCCACGUGCGCGCUGAACCAGUGGGUUCUGGACUUUGAAGGAAACACGGAGCGAAUCCUGAGAAGCGUGGAGGCGGCUAAAGCGGGCGGAGCCAAGUACCGCCUGGGUCCGGAGCUGGAGAUCUGUGGUUACGGAUGUGCGGACCACUUCUACGAGUCGGACACGCUGCUGCACAGCUUCCAGGCCCUGAAGGUUCUGCUGGAAUCUCCUGUCACUCAGGACAUCAUCUGUGACGUGGGGAUGCCCGUCAUGCAUCACAACGUGCGCUACAACUGCCGGGUCCUCUUCCUGAACAGGAAGAUCCUGCUGAUCAGACCCAAGAUGCUGAUGGCCAACUCUGGGGUCUACAGGGAGAUGCGCUGGUUCUCGCCGUGGAACCGGCCCAGGAAGGACCGCGCUUCGGUUCAGCGGGACGGUGACGUCAUCAGGUGACCUCAUGGGACUUCCUGCUUCUUUCAGGCAUGUGGAGGACUACUUCCUGCCCAGGAUGAUCCAGGAGGUCACAGGACAGGACACCGUCCCGUUUGGAGACUGCGUUCUGUCCACUAAGGAUACCUGCAUCGGAACCGAGAUGUGUGCAGAACUGUGGAACCCCGACAGCCCCCACAUCCACAUGGGCCGGGACGGCGUGGAGAUCUUCACCAACUCCUCAGCCAGUCACCACGAGCUCCGCAAAGCCGACCAACGAGUCCACCUGAUCCGCUCCGCCACCGCCAAGACUGGGGGCAUCUACUUGUACGCCAACCAGAGAGGCUGCGACGGGGACCGGGUCUACUAUGACGGCUGUGCCAUGGUGGCUGUGAACGGGGACGUGGUUGCUCGGGGCGACCAGUUUUCCCUGGACGACGUGGAAGUGGUGACGGCCACUCUGGACCUGGAGGACGUCCGCAGCUACAGAGGAGAGCACCUCCAGCCCGCCAUGAAAAGCGAGACCCAAGCGUUUCUGCGGGUCAAAGUGGACUUUUCCUUAUCGACCAGCGACGAUGUCUUCCUGCCGACCCAGCAGCCCCUGCAGUGGCGGUUCCACACCCCGGAGGAGGAGAUCAGCUUGGGUCCGGCCUGCUGGCUGUGGGAUUACCUCCGGAGGAGCGGACAGGCGGGGUUCCUGCUGCCUCUGAGCGGCGGCGUGGACAGCUCCUCCACCGCCUGCAUCGUGCACAGCAUGUGCACGCUGCUCUGCGCCGCGGUGGCGGAUGGAAACCUGCAGGUUCUGGAGGACGUCCGCCGGGUCGUGGGCGACACGUCGUACGACCCGCAGGACCCCAAGGAGCUGUGUGGGCGGGUCUUCACCACCUGCUACAUGUCGAGCGAAAACUCCUCAGAAGACACGCGCAGCAGAGCCAGAGAGCUGGCCGCCCAGAUUGGCAGCACACACCUGAACUUCAGCAUCGACGCCGCAGUGAAAGGCAUUCUGGGAAUCUUCUCUGCUGUAACCGGACACUGGCCUUGCUUCCGUGCCAGAGGGGGGAGCCACCGAGAGAACCUGGCUCUGCAGAAUGUGCAGGCCCGGGUCAGGAUGGUGUUAGCUUACCUGUUCGCCCAGCUGAGCCUGUGGGCCCGCGGGAGACCCGGGGGUCUGUUGGUUCUGGGUUCUGCCAAUGUUGAUGAGAGCCUGACCGGGUACUUCACCAAAUACGACUGCUCCAGCGCAGACAUCAACCCCAUUGGUGGCAUCAGUAAGACGGACCUGCGGGGGUUCCUGCGGUACUGUGCAGACCGCUUCCAGCUCAGUGCUCUGGACGGCAUCCUAAAGGCUCCGCCCACCGCUGAGCUUGAGCCGCUAACCGAUGGACAGGUGUCCCAGACGGAUGAGGCCGACAUGGGCAUGACGUACUCCGAGCUGUCUGUGAUCGGACGUUUGAGGAAGAUCUCCAAAUGCGGCCCGUUCAGCAUGUUCUGUAAGCUGAUCCAGGCGUGGAAGGACGUUCUGUCACCGGCAGAGGUGGCUCAAAAGGUCAAACGUUUCUUCAGGAUGUACUCUGUGAACCGUCACAAGAUGACCACAGUGACGCCGUCUUACCACGCUGAGAGCUACAGUCCUGAUGACAACCGCUUCGACCUGCGACCUUUCCUCUACGACACUCGCUGGAGGUGGCAGUUCAAGACCAUCGAUGAGCAGUUGUCACAGUUGGAAACGAAGGCAGAGCAGUGAGAAGCUGACAGACGCAUCAUCAGUCAGGAGUUCCAACUUCCUAACUGCACCUGAACGCAUCGGUUUCUGUAUUGAUGCUAUUUUUAUGAACGGUUUCUACAUGAAACCAUGAACCAAAGUUUUCUGCUCCUAGAUUAAACCUGUUUUCAAACUACAAUAAAAAGACUUUUAAUGUGAAGCUCCCUGA